UGAAGCUCUUACCACUUUUAUUUCUUUUACUUCCGUUUGUGUCGAAGGGAGGGAGCAGCCUCAUAGACGUUGAGUUCUGUGCAAAAGACAUCUAUCCCACUACAAUGAGGUGUGAUAAUGUGGAUAAUAAUGCUUUGGUAAUUUGGUUACCCUCCAAUGUUGAUAGCCAAACUUCAGUUGGAAUUUGCUCAACGUCAAGUGAUCUUCCCAUAGAACGUUACUGUCAUCAUAAUGGCUAUCUUAAUGGCAUUUGGAGUAAUGUGGAUGAAGAAGCCAAACUUGUUGUCUGCGGCAGUGAAAAGUGUCCCGAAGAACAAUUUGAACAUUUUUAUGUGCAAAAAAAUAAAAUACUUCAUAAGCAUCUCAACAAAUGGCCUAAUGUGAGGGUUGACGAAAUGGCCAUGCCCCAUGAUCUUUGUUUGCUUGAAUCGGGACUUUUGUUGACACGCAAAUGCAUAUUUGACUAUCAUGGAAACGCUGCCAAAUGGGAAACUCAAGACUUUGCACAUGUCAAAUGUUUGCGUGACAUAGAGCAAUCUUUGGUAACUUACGAUCUCAACAAUCUAUACCAUGAAACUCGGGGUGUGGCCACUAACAUCACCAACAUGAUAUGCUCCGAUAUUAUAGAGAAAUUGAAAAAUCUCUUGGACAAAGAGAAUACAAUGCGCAUUGCUUCAGAUUUGCAAAUUUCAACCAAUAUUAUGCAGAUUAUAACCAUGAGUGAUAAAGAUCCGGCAAUGGUGACGCAAGUUCUUCAGGUGCUAAAUCUUUUGAUGAAUAGUGACGAACAAGUGGUGCACACCUCCAAUCAAGUGGGCACACCCAAAACACUAGUAAGUACGGUGGAGACAUAUUUUGAUGGUAUGACCAAUAGGAUUAUACCUAAUUCCAAAUGCCAUCAAGUGCCUGAUGGGGUUCGACAUGACACAGGGCCUUUCACAAGUAUUUUCUAUAUAAAUCCCUCAUGUGCCAAUAUAUCUGGAAUUGCAGUGUACAAUAGUUCUGCUCAUGGAAUGCCAUUUGUACGUUAUGACAUGGCCACAGGAACCCAUUAUCGGUAUUUGUAUUUGAAUCAAUCUGUGGAAGAGUUGCUGCAAGAACCCAAUAUGGAAAGUGCUGCAUAUUUUACUGAAUCGCUGUGGUCAACAUUGGCUGGUAAACCAGCUGUGGAGGCACUAAAGAUAUCGCUGUACAAGAAUACAAAUUUCUUCGAGGAUGAACACAGCAAUCAAACAACUCCUGAAAGUCAUGUUUUGAAAAUAUCCCUACCAGGUUAUAAUGAUGAUCUUCCCGAUGACUUACCGGUCAUUUUUCAAUCUCACUCCGGUGAAAGAGGUGAAGAUAUAAAAUGUGGCCGCUACAACUACAUGACCUGGAAUGCUAACGGAGUGGAAACGUUUAACGAGCUGCAUCGCGUGCUCUGUAAAACUCGCCAAUUGACCCAUUUCGGUGCACUCUUGGGUCUGCGCAAACAUCGCGAAAUGAUUGGUAAUUCUGUGGCUCUCACAGUCAUGGUGGAAAUGACUUUGGAAAUUAUCUCACUUGUUGGCUGCUCACUAUCGCUAUUUGGCCUGCUGUGCAUAUGGUUGACAGCUCUUUGUUGCCCUGAAUGGCGUUCGCAGUCCUCAAAUAAACUUCUAAUGCACAUAUGUUUUGUACUAACCCUAAUCAUGUCCUACUUCAUAUUUAUCAAUGUGCCUGAUUUUCAUAGAACGUUCAUUGAUAUGAACAAAAUUGGCUAUUGUAUAGCAGAAGGAGCUUUUUUGCAAUAUACGAUUUUGGUUCUGUUCGUCUGGAUGUUUUUUAUAGCCGUAUUGCAAUUUCAACGCUAUGUCACAGUAAUUGGAGUUGAGAGACCUAAACAUUUUCUGUGCAAAUAUGCCGUGGCAGCAUGGGGAUUGCCCGUUGUGCCUACAGUUCUGGUUAUAUAUUUUGAUUCCACAUCAUAUAUGCCCUAUGGAGAUAAUAACACCAUCUGCUAUCCCUCGGGGCGCAGUUUGUAUUUGGCAGUUUUGCUACCGAUAUGUCUGGUGAUUAUGAGUAAUAUCGGAAUUUUCUUCUAUAUACUGUGCAGCGUGGGAGUUUCCCUGAUGCGAUCUAAACGAGUUGGUUCCCGCAAGAACUCUGUGGUGCCACUGCGUUUGACAAUUUUGUUAUUUUUCCUGCUGGGCUUAGCAUGGGGAUUUGGCAUUGUGGCCCAUAUAAGUAAUAAAAUGGUCUUUUCCAUAUGCUUUUGUUUGACCUCAACGUUGCAGGGUUUUGUAUUGUUUCUCUUUUUUGUGGUAUUCGAUCUUAAUGCACGAACAUCUUGGACAAAAAUAUGGUGCAUAAAAUCCUACAACAGCCUAGAGGAAAGCACGACAAUGUGGUCGGCAAAAUUUACCAACAGUCGGGGAUAG